GAAAGUCCCACCUGGCCAUUGUUCAGAAGGUGAACAACGAGGGGGAGGGAGAUCCCUUCUAUGAGGUGCUGGGCUUGGUCACACUUGAAGAUGUAAUCGAGGAAAUAAUUAAAUCAGAGAUUCUGGAUGAAUCGGACCUUUACACUGACAAUCGUAACAGGAAAAAAGUGGCUCCCAACAAGAACAAGAGAGACUUUUCUGCUUUUAAACAGGAGAGUGAAUCGAAGGUGAAGGUCUCUCCUCAGCUGCUGCUGGCGGCUCACCGCUUCCUGGCUACAGAGGUGAGCUUGUUCAACAUCACCCAGAUCUCAGACAAGGUGCUGCUUCGAAUCCUGCGCCACCCCGACGUCAUCCAGGAGAUCAAGUUCAACGAGAAUGACAAGCGCUCGCCUCACCACUACAUCUACCAGCGGGGGAAGCCUGUCGACUAUUUCAUCCUCAUCCUGCAGGGUCGAGUCGAGGUGGAGGCUGGGAACGAGAACAUGAAGUUUGAGACCGGACCUUUCUCUUAUUACGGCGUCAUGGCGCUCAACACGUCCAUGCCAGAGUUUCGCUCACCGUCCCACCUCAGCGGCUUGAACCGAACGGGCUCUCUGAGCGGAACGGACCGGACCGACUCGCUCGCCGUCAGCGGCAGCUGCAGCCAGCUCAACAACAGCAUCCCGCUGCAGCAGUACGUCCCCGACUUCAACGUCAGAGCGCUCACCGACCUGCAGUUUGUCAAGAUCACACGAGCUCAGUACCAGAACGGUCUGAUGGCGUCUCGUUUGGACAGCACGCCUCAGUCCCCCGAGAGCUGCCACACGGCGGGCCGCCCGGAGCUUACGACUCCGCCCACCAACAUCACCAUCACAGACCUGUGCGCAGACUCCGCCCCCGUGGAGAACGGCCCGGACGAGACGUCGCUCCUCCUCAUGAACGAGCAGAACUCUCCGGCCACGGCCAACCACCACGGCCAGCUGGAAAACAGCGUCUGAAUGUGCCCCCCCACCUCACCUUCCUACGUUUUGCACACGUGCACUACAGCGCUCGGACCUUCCUCCGAGGAGGGGGCGGGACUCGUUUGUGCGUCCCGCUGCUGGACGAGACCCAAAGAGACAAGCCAUGGGCGUGCAUGUUCUGUCAACAAAAACAACACAACAAUGAGCCAAAACAUUAAAACCAUCAAAACAAUGCUUUGUUAUAAAACAGCAGCUGAAACAAACAGGUGAGUUUCUCUGAAGGUAAAAUAGCAUCACUACACUCUGAUGGAGUUUAAAUAUCAGUUAAAACAUUUUCCCCCAAUAUCCUUACAAAUCAUCACACUCACAGGAAGCUGCUUGUUCACUGCUAAAACUUCAAAAUAAAGUCAUUCUUUGUGUAAAAA